GCAGCCGGCGUUGAGAAGCUACGUGGUGCUUUGCUGCCGGUAUGAGAGAGUCCACUGCAUGUGCUGCGUCUUGGAAGCCCUGCUGUGCCUACAAAUGCCAGACUGUAUGAAUGCGUUAUAUGUAUAAGUAGACAACGGGCUCCCGCGGCACUAAUUCUGUUUCCACUCUGUCCUUAUUUCUGGGGAUUUGUAUUCUUCAUCAGCAACUCAACAUUCAGGGAUUUUAAAUGCCCUGGAUUUCAUCACAUAUGAACUCAUCCAGUGUUCUGGACUUUUUCCCCCAUAAGACGACUAUGGCGGUAGACAUCGCCAUGAAGUUUUACUUGCGUUCCCCACCACUGAGACGAGACCGUGUUGAAUGCAGGAUUGCCCGAAAGUCCAAUGAGCCCUUGAGACCAUGCAUCCAGACAACUGAUAAAACAUUGCUAAGCGAACUGAGCAACCAAGAAAAUAAAGUAAAGAAGCGGGUUUCAUUUGCAGACAGCCGAGGCCUUGCACUUACCAUGGUGAAAGUAUAUUCUGAUUUUGAUGAUGAACUGGAAAUUCCUUUUAACAUAUCCGAAUUAAUUGAUAACAUAGUCAACCUGACCACUGUGGAGAAGGAACGCUUUGUCUUAGACUUUGUGCAACCUUCUGCUGAUUACUUGGACUUCAGAAACCGAUUGCAGGCAGAUAGUGUUUGUCUAGAAAACUGCAUGCUCAAAGACAAAGCUCUUGUUGGUACUGUAAAGGUUAAGAAUCUUGCCUUCCAAAAGUGUGUGAAGAUAAGAAUGACCUUUGAUAGUUGGCAAACUUACACAGACUAUGACUGUCAGUAUGUUAAGGACACUUAUGCUGGUUCAGAUAAAGAUACUUUCUCAUUUGAUGUCAGUUUGCCAGAGGGUAUCCAAUCCAAUACAAGGAUAGAAUUUGCCGUCUAUUUUGAAUGUGAAGGAAGAAUUUUUUGGGAUAGUAAUAAAAGUUUAAACUACAAAAUUGCUAGACAGGAUCAUAGGAUUCCAUCUAACUUUGAAAGUCGCCAUUAUGAUCCUGUAUGCGUGUCUGUUGACCAGUAUGGGAGUCCUAGGUGCUCAUAUGGCAUUUUCCCUGAAUUACCGACCUACUCUGGAUUUGAUAAACUAGGACCUUACUAUUAAUUGCAUUAAUAAAAAUAUAUGGGAGGAGACCGCCAAAGAAGUUUGUGGUGGUGCCAAUCCCAAUAAGCUAGUUGGGAUUUGAUGUGAAAUAUGUCCUUGUUGGGACUGGUAAUGCACAAUGAACUGAUAACCUAUACUAGGUUAUACGGUAAUGCUGUUUUGUAUCUAGCUUUCAUUUUUAAGGGAUAUGAAUGGUGUCCUAAUACUUGUAUCCAAAGUAGCACCUUGCACCAAAGUAAUGAUGUGAUGAAGGCAGGAAAAGUGAUAACCUACAGUGCUGCUAGCCUUUUCCUUCCUAUUGCUGCUACCAAUCCAUUUUGUUACUUUAAUAGUAUUGUCUUCCUUAACAUUACCAGUUGGAAGCAUUCUCAUGUUCCUGAGAUUUACGCCACAUUUUACCACACCAAAGAGCUAUCCAUGUCUUCCUCUUGUAUGUUUUUAAGAUCUCACUUCUCAGGUGAAAGGAUGUGGUUGGGCAUCUUCCUGUAAAUGUUUUGAAUUUUUAUUUCACUGCCUCACGGUCACAAAUUUUGCACCAGUAAGGCCAGAGUAUUCACUGACAUGCCUCUUUAGAUUUGGUACUGUACUGCAACAAUGUUAAGUUAAGUGUCUUGACAUAUGGCCUGGCAAGCUUUCUUCUGCACUUUAACCAAAAGGUCUUCUUAAUGUUGUCGCUGUAAAGGGUCCAGAAGUGCAUGUCCACCUCUAGAAAGCUUUAAAAUGCUCCUAUUGCUUCUUCUCGUGUGGUAUCUGUGCCUUCAAGGAGUUUUCUCCUUGUGUGUUUUAAUAACGCCAUUUUGUUUGGCUUCAAUAGAAGUGUGCACUCAUUUCCACCCCCACGUAAAGUAACAAAUGCAGGGGUCCUUCCCCUCCCCCCAUGCAAAUGUAAUUGCCCAUUUGGUUUCCUCUGGUGCUUUAAUCAUACAAACAGGUUAAUGUGUUUAUUAAAGCCGAGUGUUAGUAGUGCAAGAGGAUUUACAGAUGGAAUAGGCUACCAAAUACCAUGACAUGUUUUAUGAUUGUGGCCAUAGUAAUUUCUUUCUGAAAUUGAAGCAUUCUAACUUUGGUCCCUGUUAAUGUUUUGUGUAAUGAGGGGCACCCUACAUGUAAAAAAAAAAAAAUGGUUUAAAUCUUUUUCCAUAAGUUUUGAGGUUGGCUGCUGGUCGUCAAAUAUUUUUCUCUACAAUUGCUUUACACAGUACUGUGUGGUUUGCCAUAGGGCAUGACAUUUGUGCACUUACACUAUAUUGUCACCCCUCCUUAAUAUUCGGCAGUGGCGUCUUUCUCUAAAUCACUUACUUUCGGCUCAGUGGUAAUAAACAAAAACAAGUUCAUUCUGAACUUAUUCUAAAAGAACUGGGUUAAAAUCUUAAGUUCGUGUUUCCAGCCCUGCUGUGUGUGUGUGUGGAGCAUUAAAUUUCUCUAAUCCUUUGGCACAUGUGAAUUGCCAUGUAGCAGAACCAGUUAUGCUUGUUUUAAUCUUAAUAUCUGUAAAUGAAAAUAUUUAAGUCUACUGACCAAGAAUGUAGAAGCUAGACUUAGAAUCAGAAAAGGCUGAUUCAUUAGUUGUUCCCAAACUAUGCAUUUCUAAUUGCAGUCUGUGAUUGUGUAGAGAAAAUGUCUCUAUCCCUUUCCUUGCAGUUUUGUGCCUUGUCUUUUUUUUUUUUUUUUUUCUUUGCAUGUUUGCAUUUUUAAGACGUAUAUCCAUUUUGUACACAAGUGUUGUAAAAUUGAUGCACUUUAUAAUCACAAGUGUGAAAUUUAAAAUUUGUUAUAUUUUUUUAGAAUUGUUUUAAAGUGAAAUGUAAUAAAGAUAGAGCAUUUAAUAUAAAAA